AUGGACGGCCCAGCAGUCCAGGGCAUCCAAAUCGCCAUCGACCGAGGCGGCACCUUCACAGAUGUCCACGCUGUGGUCCCCGGGCGUGAAGAUGAUAUCGUUCUAAAACUCCUAUCCAUUGACCCCCAGAAUUAUGCCGAUGCGCCAACAGAGGGCAUUCGCCGAGUGCUCGAGAGGGCGCUGGGUAAGCCAGUGCCCCGCGGCGAGUCUAUCGACGUCUCAGUUGUGGCUAGCAUCCGCAUGGGAACGACUGUCGCCACUAAUGCCUUGCUGGAAAGGAAGGGCGAACGGUCGGCGUUGCUCAUCACCAAGGGAUUCCGUGAUCUCUUGGUUAUUGGGAACCAAGCACGGCCGGAUAUCUUCGACUUGACGGUCUCAAAGGCUGGUGUGCUGUAUGAGAAGGUGGUCGAAAUCGACGAGCGAGUCACUCUCGAAGGCUUUACAGAGGAUCCAGAAAAGAAGGUGAUUAAUGCUUCAUCGGACCCUGAUUUGGUCGUUGGGCUUUCCAAAGAGGUCGUCCGCAUUAUGCGGAAGCCGGAUUUGCAGGAUGUUCGACAGAAGAUACACUCCCUUUACGACGAGGGAUUUCGGAGUUUGAGCAUAUGCUUCAUGCACAGUUACACAUAUCCUGAGCAUGAGCUUUCUGUGGCGAAGAUUGCUAAAGGGAUGGGCAUGAGCGUAUCAGUCAGUUCGGCCUUGCAGCCCAUGAUUAAAGCAGUGCCGCGAGGACAAUCUGCGACAGCGGAUGCGUACCUGACACCUUUGAUUCAGAAGUAUCUCGAAGGGUUCAGACAAGGCUUCGUCGGCCGACUAGAGGAUUCGGCAGCUCCUCGUUGCGAUGUCAUGCAGAGCGAUGGUGGUCUGGUGAAUUUCCGCAAGUUUUCUGGACUGCGCGCCAUUCUAUCCGGUCCAGCUGGUGGCGUUGUUGGGUAUGCGCAGACCUCCUUCAACAAAGACACAGGGAAGCCGAUUAUAGGCUUUGAUAUGGGAGGAACAUCAACAGACGUAUCACGAUACGCAGGAUCGUACGACCAUACCCCUCAACUAGAUAUCAACACCGUUGCUGCUGGAGGUGGCUCGCGGCUAUUCUGGUCCAACGGUCUCUUCAAAGUUGGGCCAGAGAGCGCGGGUGCUCACCCAGGCCCGGCUUGCUACCGCAAAGGCGGUCCCUUGACCGUGACGGACGCGAACCUCUUCCUAGGCCGGCUGGUCCCUGAGUUCUUUCCCCACAUCUUCGGAGAAAACGAGGAUCAGCCCCUAGAUGCCUUGAUCACGCGGAAGAAGUUCGAGGAGAUCAAGAAGGAGAUUAACGCAUCGCUUCCCCCCGAGUCGGCGAAACUCACGGCUGAGGAGGUCGCUCUAGGCUUCCUGCGCGUUGCUAAUGAGAGCAUGUGCCGACCCAUCCGGACGUUGACCGAGGCUAGAGGCCAUGAUGCCGCGCAUCACGAUCUGGCCGUCUUCGGAGGGGCUGGUGGACAGCAUGCCUGCUUUAUCGCGACUGCUCUGGGUAUCAGCAGGACGAUUAUGCACCGGUUCUCCUCAAUUCUGUCCGCCUACGGCAUGACACUUGCGGAUAUCGUGGCUGAUGUGCAGGCACCGCUCGCUUGUGUUUUCAACGACGCAAACCUGGACCAGAUCAAGGCCACUGCAUCCGAACUCCGGCACAAGGCGGAGGAGGAGCUCAGGGAUCAGGGGCUCAAUGACGACACGGCCGUCGAGUACGAUUUGUUUUUGCACAUGCAUUAUGAAGGCUCUGAUACCCUUAUUAUGAUCCGUCAGCAGGACGAGGACUGGGGCUUCGCGACGAUAUUCAUCGAGCGCCAUCGACAGGAAUUUGGGUUUACGAUGCCGCGAGAAGUCUACGUCGGCGAUGUGCGAAUCCGAGCCGUUGGGAAGAGCAGAGUCGGAGCGGCGGUAACAGUUCCUGGGAGGGAGAUGGUAAACAUGACUUUGUCCGCGGCACCCGAGGGCGCUGUGCAAAUGGUCAAGGACGUCUACUUUGAGGGGCUGGGUUGGCAGCAGAUCCCAGUCUAUCUUCUAAGCUCUCUCCAACCGGGAAACCAAAUCCAGGGGCCGGCAAUGGUGAUCGAUAACACGCAGACGAUCGUGGUAGCACCGAAUGCCACAGCCACCACGCUGAAAGAGCACAUCGUCAUCGACAUCGAAACGGUGACAGUGCAGAGGGCUUUGACUGGGCCUGUGCUGGAUCCCGUGCAGCUUUCCGUGUUCGGCCACCGCUUCAUGGGCAUUGCCGAGCAGAUGGGUAGGACGCUGCAGAAAACGAGCGUGAGUACAAACAUCAAGGAGCGGCUGGACUUUUCAUGUGCUCUCUUCUCUGAAGACGGCAGGCUGGUGGCUAAUGCUCCUCACGUUCCCGUUCAUCUUGGAAGCAUGCAAUAUGCCGUGCUGUGGCAGCAUGAGCAUUGGAAAGGGAAGCUCAAAGAAGGGGACGUCCUAGUAUCGAACCAUCCGAUCUGCGGUGGCACCCACUUGCCAGAUAUCACCGUGAUCACUCCUUACUUUAACGAGGGCAAGAUCGUCUUCUACGUAGCAUCACGCGGUCACCACGCGGAUAUUGGUGGCAUCUCCGCUGGCUCCCUACCACCUAACUCGACAGAACUAUGGCAGGAAGGCGCUGCUAUCGAAGCAGUCAAGCUUGUUGAGGCGGGAGCCUUCAACGAGGACGCUGUAAGAGAGCAUCUGCUGGUGCGGCCAGCCAAGUACCCCGGAUGCAGCGGCGCGAGGAAUCUAUCGGAUAACCUAGCAGACCUUCGAGCUCAGACUGGUGCGAAUCAGAAGGGUAUCAAUUUGAUCGGACAGCUGGUUCAGGAGUAUGGUCUCGAGACCGUGCUAUUCUACAUGAAAGCCAUCCAGCAGAACGCAGAACUCGCGGUCAGGCGGCUGCUCAAGGAGACGUACGUCAAGUUCGGCGGCAAGCCCAUUGAAGCAACCGAAUUCAUGGACGACGGCAGCCCUAUCAAGCUCAAGAUAACCAUCAACGGCGAAGACGGUAGUGCAGAUUUUGACUUUACCGGCACUGGGCCAGAAGUCUACGGAAGCACCAACGCACCGACAUCUGUAACCUACUCCGCCAUUAUUUACGUCCUUCGAUGCCUCGUUAAAGAAGACAUCCCCCUGAACCAAGGCUGUCUAAACCCCAUCAACGUCAUAAUGCCUCCGCGCACACUCCUUUCACCCAGCGCAGAAGCAGCUGUCGUCGGCGGCAAUUGCGUGACAUCGCAGCGUGUCACGGAUGUCAUAUUACGCUGCUUCGACGUCUGCGCCGCCAGCCAGGGAUGUCUCAACAACCUGACGUUUGGAAAGAGCUCGCGGCUCGAUCCGGACGGCAAGUACACCCCUGGAUACGGGUACUACGAGACAAUUGCUGGAGGCGCGGGCGCUGGACCUGGGUGGCAAGGGACGGAUGGUGUGCAUGUGCACAUGACCAACACAAGGAUCACAGAUGUCGAGAUCUUUGAGCGACGGUAUCCGUGUUUAGUCAGGGAGUUCAGUCUGCGGCAGGACAGCGGUGGAGAGGGGAGGUACAAGGGCGGAGAAGGGUGUAUCAGGGAUAUCGAGUUCCAAGAGCCGCUCUCGGCAGCCAUCCUAUCCGAUCGCAGGGUUCAUGCUCCGUACGGCAUGCACGGUGGCAAGCCCGGAGAGGUGGGCGUGAAUCUCUUCGUCAAGAAACUGCCGAAUGGGGAGGAUAGGGUCAUUAACCUGGGGCCGAAGAAUUCGAUUCAGGCAGCUAUCGGGGACCGGAUCAUCAUUCAGACGCCGGGUGGUGGAGGCUGGGGAGCGAAGGUCGCCGGGGAGGAGGACCACCGCAAUGGCGGGUCUGUAAUGGUGAACGGUACGAGUGCCCCGUAUAUGAAGGCUAUGGGAAGUGUGGCGGCGAUCCAUGCUAUGCAAAACAGUAACUAGAAUAGUAUGCGAAGUUCGG